CCAUUUCUCUUUUCCGUCUCAGCAGAUAGAUUUCAUGGGUUUCCUCUCAUUUCACGCAUAAUUUCUCGAAUCAGAAUCUCUUAACUUGCUUCUAUCCACUUCCCCUUUCUUCUUUCUUUGCUUACUCAAUCAUUUCUAUACAUAUUCUUUGCUAAUUUCAGCUAGCAAUGUCUGAAAGUCCAGCUAAAGUCCGCUUAGUUCGCUGCCCCAAAUGCGAUAAUCUGCUCCCUGAAGUCACUGAUUAUGCUGUUUAUCAGUGUGGUGGUUGUGGUGCUGUUCUUCGUGCAACGAAUAAACAUAUUGGAUCCAGUAUAUCUUCAGAGAAAUCUGGUGAUGAAAAUGAUGGGGUUUCAAACAAAAUUCCUAAAGAAUCUGUGAAUCUUGAUUUCUCAAGAAAUAGUGUUCAGAACAUGAGUUUAGGGUCUGAAAAUGGAGCAACAUACAACGGAAGUUCUGGUAGGAGACACGAGAGAGACGACGAUAACAACACCGAGUUCGAGGAACCAAAACCCGUGAUCGGAAACGGCAAAAUCGGUCCAAGAAACUCGGUUCGGAGCUCGAAUAGGAGAUAUGGAGAAACUGGUCUUCAAGAGGGUUCAUCAUCAAGUUACCAUUAUGCACCACGCCAUGAAUACGCCGAGCUAGUUCAAAACUCGAAUGAUCAUCUAGAGGUUGAAGAUGAUCGAGAUGAGCUCUUACGGAAAUUAGAUGAGCUCAAGGACCAAAUUGUUCGAUCUCGUGAUAAAUCUAAAGAAAAGGUUCCUACCCAUCAUCCUUAUGCAAAUAUACAUCAUAACAGUCAUUCUUUAUUGCCUCCAUCGAAUCAAGUUCAAAUCUUUAACGAUCCUUUUAGGCCGCAAAACCAUGUAAGAACUCCGAUCAUGCCUUAUGAACAACAAAACCCGUAUCAUCCCUACUAUUCUGGACAAUAUGUUAGCCAAGAAAUGACUGAUAAUCGAUUAUUUCACCACCCUUCUUGUUCUUGUUUGGUUUGCUACAAUAAACACCACCAAGCUCCACCGCCUCCUCCACCGCCACUGCCGCCUAUAGCGCCUCCUGUUAUGCAGAACGAUCCGAAUUUCUACCACCAUGAUUAUAAUAACCGUAGGUUCUCCAAUCUUUCUUUGAACUCUCAUGGUGCUGAAUCCCACACAAGAUGGUCUAAUGAUCUUCGCCGCCCUCCAAGGGGAAUCUUAGCCACCGGAGGGAGGCGGUGCCACCCUAUAGCUGGCGGUUCUCCGUUCGUGGCAUGCUGUAAAUGUUACGAAUUGCUUCAAGUACCCGAAAAGAGUACCAAGAAAAUGAGAUGUGCAGCAUGCUCUGAAGUGAUGCUGAUCUCCAUCGUCAACAAGAAACUUGUUCUCUCUGUUUAUGUAGAAACUAAUCGGGAUUCUGAGAAGCCAAAAGAUGAUCUCAAGACUCGUGGAGAUGCGAAAUGGGGCGGCACUGAAUUUUCCUCUGAGGAUUAUGACAACUCCGGCAAUUAUGACUUUGAAUCGAUGGAUAAGUUGCAAGUAGGAGGCCCGAGUCUGACUUCCUACAAAUCUGCAGUUUCAUACACAUCGGAGGAUGAAGAAAAACUCGGUAUCAGAGAAGAUGAAAAUUCUGUAGAUGCAGCGAUGAAAGCCGAAAAGCCAUCUCCACCUCCUUCGGGUUCACCUCUUCAAGAUCAUUUCGAUUAUUCGACGACUUAUAAUCGGGCAGGAAAAGGAAACAGAAGCCAAAGGAUGGAUAUCGAACCGGCUAAAGUGGCCGUUGAUUUAGGGUCCCAUGGAAGUUCCAUGAAAGAUGCUGCGGUGGCGAGUGAGAUCGAGAUUUCAUCGAAUGAAUAUUGCAUCAACACGGGCACUUCUCUAGAAUCCGGGGAUACAAAUAGGGAGACGGAUCACCAAAGAAACAGCGGAGGAAAUGUUCCGUUCUUCAUGGGUAUGAUCAAGAAAAGCUUCCGGGAGUUAUCGAAGUCUACUGAACAUGUCGAUCAUGGAAAAGUCCAUGUGACAGUCAACGGGCAUCUGAUACCGGAUCGGUUGGUCAAAAAGGCUGAAAAGCGUGCUGGACCGAUCCAGCCCGGCGAAUACUGGUACGAUGCAAGAGCUGGAUUCUGGGGUAUGAUGGGCGGCCCUUGCCGGGGCAUAAUUCCGCCGUUCAUUGAAGAAUUCAAUUAUCCGAUGCCAGAAAAAUGUGCCGAUGGUAACACUAACGUUUUCGUUAAUGGGAGAGAGCUUCAUCAGAGAGAUUUGGACUUGCUUUCGAGUAGAGGCCUCCCAACAGAUACAGAUAGAUCUUAUGUUGUUGAGAUCUCCGGGAGAGUGCUCGAUGAGGACUCGGGUCAAGAACUCGAAUGCCUCGGUAAACUCGCCCCAACGGUCGAGCGCAAAAAACAUGGAUUUGGAAUGAAGCCUCCGAAAGCAGCUGCUGCAUAACGUAGUCCUCGAUCUCUUUGAUGUUGAUUUUAGACAUCACGUAAAUUCUUUUAGACGAUUAAAAACUUAGACCUUUGUGUAUCGACGCAUGUAGGAGUUUUGAUCACUUUCUUUUUUUGGUUUUAUCGGAAGAUUUGUUGUUUCCAGUUUCGAAUCCAUUUUUAAAUGUGCAUCCGAUCAACGGUUUACAUGUUUUAUGUUGGUGUAUAUAUUCAAGUUUUCAC